GUCAAUAAUUGAUGUGAACAAAUUUUUAGUUAGGACAAAACUGCUGCCAAUCGAGGAGUCAAGCAAACACUUAAUUUAAGUCCAGACAAUUCAGUUCUGUCGGAGCUCGAGGAUGUUCUUCAACCGCCUGAGGAGUAUUUCCUGGCUGGGCGGCGGCGCCAAGGAGAACCGCUGCGACGAGCUGCUGCCCAAGGAGCCGGUGGUGCUCAAUGUCUACGACCUCUUUCAAAUCAACGACUACACGAUGGUCCUGGGCGUGGGCUUCUUCCACUCGGGGGUCCAGAUUUACGGCAGGGAGUACGGGUUCGGCGGCCACGAGUUCCCCAUGUCCGGCAUCUUCGAGAUCGAGCCCUGCAACGGAGAGGCCGAGCUGGGCGAGAGCAUUCGGUUCCGGGAGAGCAUCCUGUUGGGCUACACCCACUUCAGCCGCCCGGACGUGGAGCGCAUCGUCGACCAGCUGGGGGCCCAGUUCCCCGGCAACAGCUACCACCUGACCAGCAGGAACUGCAACCACUUCUCCAACAGCCUGGUGCAAAUCGUCUGCGGCAGGAAGAUCCCGGGCUGGGUAAAUCGACUUGCCCACUUGGUCAACUGCGUGCCGUUCCUCGAGCGCUGUAUGACUCCCAGACCGUCGGAGUAUCGGCACCAUUACCAUCAUUAUCAAUUCCAGCAGUAUUAAGAUACUACAUUUACUAGCAGCAUUAUAUUUAUUACUAUUAUAUUUUUUUAUAUGCUCUGGAAGAAGAUCCAAUGAUCAAGAACCAAUGGUUUUGAAUUAUGGGAUCUUUAUCAAAACAAAAAUUCUUGAAAUCGGGAAAAA